CUCGCUGUCAGACAGACGGCAGCUCACAACCGCGCUGCUGGUGCUGCUGGUGCUGCUGCUGUUGCUGAUACCGUGAUAGACGAGGAGUUGAUCGAGGCGGUUGGUUGGGCGGACGGACGGACGGACGGACGGAGGGAUAUAUAGAUAGACAGAGAGGGACAGAAAGAGGGAGGGAAGGACGGAAAAGAGGGACAGGGGAGACGCAGACGGCCUCGAACUGUCGACGGACGAGGGCCGGGCCUUCGAAUUUUACUCGCAGUUUUCGAAGAUAGAAAAAAAGAGAGAGAGAGAGGAAGAAAAAACUAGUUUUUGAAACCCCGAUCGAUCGCUUCGUUCAUACAAAAUUCGACAGCAACGAGGCCGAAAGGAUCGGACGACAGAUACGUUGAAAGAGCGAAAGGAAGAGGACGAAUCGAAAUCGUUUAGUUCAAGUUUAAACCGGUGCCGUCGCAGCAUAAGGACCUUCGUUUGAACCUGCCAAGGAUACGCUGGGCACCCGAAAGGACCAGGCAUGAGCACGGGGGAGCCUGCCGGCGAGGGGGGAGGGGGAGGCGGCGAAUCGACUCCCGGGGGCGAGCAAAGCGCCGGCACGACGCAGACCGGGGCCCAAAUCCACCCCCCGCCUUCGCCCCUGAGCGGCUGCUACCUCCUCGUGGUUUUGCCGGAACCGCACACCGCACAACACAAGGAUUUGAUCAUCAACCGUCUUGCGAAAGGAUUCCUUUCGUGGGAUAAAGAUAGUUGUCAUGUGGACUUGGAGAAGGAAUUGCAGGCUUUGGUUACACAAGCGCCGGAAGGAGAAGAAGCCCGAAAUGGUGAGCGACUGAUUCAGUACGCGACGGAGAACCUCGUGACGGAGGUGCUGAUACACCCGCAGACGAACACACUGCUUCAGUGUAUCCGCAACCUCCUCGCUAGCUUUACCAAACACAGACACAUCAUUCACGCCGGCUAUACGUUCAGCGGAAACGGUUCCUGGAUACUGCAGGAUGGAACCUUCAGCCUGGCUGACUUCUUGGACGCCUUCGGCGAGCACGAGGUACAGCGGGUUCUUCGCGCGUACGAGAACAGCGUCACCGUUGACAUUCAUUGCGCGGGUGUCGGAGACUGGAUGACUUCAAGACUGUCGAAGGAAGCCUGCACCAGGGCAUGCAGAGUUCGAGUAAAUCCAGAUGACGUUCUAACCGCCGGAGUUCCGGCAAUAUCAACCUUCACAAAUUACAUUGGACAGUACCUAAUUGCACAGACGUUGGACCAGCUGAUGGAGCCGUCGGAUGUCGUCGGUAACAUCCGGUUCAGUCAUCCAACUCUCUACGUAUUUCCUGGUGGCCAGGGUGACGCGGCCCUCUUUGGAAUAAACGGGUUCAAUAUGCUGGUCGACGGUGGCUUCGCCCGGAAGGCCUGCUUCUGGGACUUCGCACGGCACUUGGACCGGCUCGACGCGGUACUUUUGACCAGAGUUAACAACAGUAACAUCGGCGGAAUGUCGAGCGUCUUACGAAAGAAACAGGAAAUGCACGUCUAUCCCCAGAUUGGACACUUCUUUUGCAAUUUGGUGGAACGACGACAGGCAAAUUCUCCCGACGGCGACAAGGACGUCGAUCCGUUGAUAUUGAACCUGACUGAUCUUGGGCAGGAAAUGAUGGUCAACCUUCGACACAUCAACCUGCGAGCUCAUCCCUGUUACAGGGACUUGGACCCCAUCAACCUUUACCAUAAGGUGGGUCAUGGUACCCUCGACAUGUAUGUUUUGAGCCCGAGCAAGGACACUCGAGAAGUCAGAGAGUUCCUUACAAAGUGGCAGAAUUCAGACUCCAAGCUGUUUGCUGGAUCCCACAAAAAGGACUCGAAUAAUUUGACGUUUCCGAUACAAAAUUUGGUUUCAAUCUGUGCGCUGGUAGUCUGGCAGCCAGCUAACCCUGAGGAUACAAUAACGAGAAUAUUGUUCCCCGGUAGUACGCCGCAGAAUAAAAUAUUCGAAGGAUUGGAACGGCUGAAGCAUCUGGAGUUUAUGAAACGGCCUAUUUGUACGGCCAAGAACUUAUCGCCCUCGGCUUCACUCGCUGCUCUCAAAGAGAAGUCGAACAGGCAAAAGACGUCGAUAAUUGAGAAAAGCAUAGACAAGGAUAAGGAUAAGGAUAAGGAUAAGGAUAAGGAUAAGGAUAUUAAAAGAAUUUCGGACUAUAGGAAGGAGAAGAAGGAAACUUCUGAACCAAAGACUGUUAAAGGGGUUGAGGAACCCACUGCGAAGCCAGCCGUUACCUCGACACCAAUCAUUCCAACAAAGCAGCCGGCUAAGGUAGACGUGAAGGCUAAAAAGGUUGUAGAAAAUAAGAAAAUAGAGAAGGAGACGAUUAAAACGGAGAGUAGAAAGAUAGAAAGGGAACUGAAGGAGGUUAAGAAGGACGGGACAAAGAAGGAGGUGAUUAAGGUAGAUAAGCAUGACAGUGAAACGAAAAAGACUGAUGUAGUUAAAACGGAAACUGAAAAGACUGUAAUUAAUAAAGAAUCCAAACCAAAACCCGAGCCAAAAAAGAAGGAUAUUAAAGAAGCUAAAACACAUGUUAAGACUAAGGUAGAACCGAUUACCAAAACGGCAGCGAAACCGGCAGCUGAGAAGAAACUCAAGCCAUCCAUUGAUAAGAAAGACGUUAAAUCGUCCCCGACGACUCCGAAAAAAAUCGUCAAUGGCACUGCGACCAAGACGGAAAUCACAAAGACCAGUACCAGAACUGUUUCGAAAACAACGUCCAAGACAGUGUCGGCGAUGCCGGCAAAGAGUGCGAAGGACGCGACGAACCGCAAGGUCGUCGAGUCGAAAAAUAUCGCGUUGUCGUCGGCGUCGACAACCACUGCUGCCAAAGCACCGUCGGUCGUUGCUAAACCGAAAUCGACGGAGCGGAAACCGAUAAGCAGACGAACGCGAACCGGGAGUCCAAUAAAGCAACGAUUGCCUGGCAGUCCUGCCAAAUCAACGCGAAGCACCCCGACGGCAUCUGUCAAGUCAGAGAAAGAAGGGAUCAUCCGGCGACCGAAGAGUGACAAGGGAACGACGGAUUCUUCCGCCAUUUUGACGCCUUCCGUAGUCGAACCUCAGAGUGUUAUUAAACUGGUGGACAAAAGUCUGACCGAGAAGUCUGACGACAUUUCCGUCGAUUCUAUAGAAAGUAAGGUACUCGCUGACCUUAAGGAAGAGCGGGAAGUUGUCGAGGAAAUCGAGGCUGUGCUUAGUAAGGCAGAGAGAAUUGAAAUCGCCCGCAAGGAGGACCAGCUUGAGGGCGAUGAUGAAAUAACCGCCGAGGCUACUGAUAAGAAGGAAGAUGACGUGACGGAGGAAGACGUCACAGCCGAGAUAGAAGAUGUGCCCAAGAAAAUGGACUCCAGAAAGGAAAGUCAGGAGUUCACCGAGGAGGAUGAGUACUUGAUUGUUGAGAAAGAGGAAAUUUAUACCGAAGAUUCUGCCGCUUUGAGCGGUGAAGGGGAACAGAAACAUUUUCUCGAUGAAGUUGAGUCUGAGAAGGCGAAGAAGUAUGGAGUAUCCAAGAGCGUUGACCUUCCCGAAGAGGAAGAGGCAAAGGAGAAAGAUGAGACGGAGGAGAAGGAGAAAGACGAGCAGCCGGAGAAGAAACUACUGUCUCAGGAUGAAAAGGAAAAGGAUAAACCUGUGGAUAUGUCACCGGUGAGUAAAGUGCAGCUUGAGGGUCAGGUCAAGGACAUUAUUACGUCAGCGACAGAUGUGGUCCAGAAAACGGACGACCGUGAUGAUUCGAGAAAAAAAGACAGCGAAGACAUCACGAAGGAGCCAUCAAGCGUGAGUCCAGACAAGCUUGAUUCGUCGGAAAAGAAGACUACCGACACUGACCUGAAGCCGGAAGCUGAUCAGAAAGAUCAGAUGCCUGAAAAACUUGAAGAAUCCCAGGAUCGCGUUUCCACUUUGGAAUCCGGAGGCACGACAACUGCUCCAACUUUACCGGAGGAUGAGCGGAUUCCAUUGGAUGAGAUAAAAGAAGACGUUGACGAGAAACACGUGAAGGAAGAAGUUAAAGAGAAAGAAGUUGAACUGGUCAAAGAAAAGGUACCUGCAAUUCCACCUCCCGUGCCAAGCGUAAUGAUGAAAAGUUUCCUCAUUCGUGAAACGAUACCUGCUGUUCAGAGAGAUAUUGUCAAAACACCGGAUGAAGUUGCCGAUCUUCCCGUGCACGAAGAGGUUGAUCCGAAACUUUACAGUAUGGAUGAAUUUGACAAAGCUAAGGCUGAAAAAGUACCCCAAACUCCGGAAGCUAAAGAGCCUCCUACACCCCCGAUUAAAGAGCAGAAGGGAAUGUUCAGUUUCUUCGGUAAGGUUGCCGAUAAGUUUGAAAAAGGCAUGGACAAGCUGACUGGGAAGUCUAAGAAAGAUAUGGAGAAGGAGACUGAUGAAAAAUCGUCAAAGUCGAGUUCCCCGAAGGAGACGAAACCCCAAGAGAAGAUUGAGGCUCUGCCAGAAGUUGAUAUGGGCAAAGUUUUUGCCAAGGUUGGGAAGAUCGAGCCUCACGACACUUUCGAGAAAGCAAAACCACAGGCUCCGUUUGACAUUAAAAUUGCUGCCAUAAAAGAGACGGCAUCAUUUUUACAGCAGGAGAUAAGAGAAAGCAAAAUAGACACGAUACCUGGAAUAGAGACUGAUAUUCCAGCUGCCGUAGAGAGCGUCAAAACGCCUCUGAAGACAGAGACAGUCCUGACUGAUGUUCAGAAAGAUAUCGCUCCAGUAUUGGACGCAGGAAUUGACAGUUUGGCGAAGAAGCAACCGUCGCCGAAAGAUGAUAUCGUCAGUGAAGAUCUGAUCGAAGAUACGAAAGAGGUAGAAGCACUGUUAGAGGAAGCGUCGAAAAAAUUCGUUACGGUUAAAGAUAGUCUGAGAGACUCUCUUGAAUCUUUGGAGGAGAAAAUCGCAGAACAAAUCAUCGAUGAAGUAAAACCAAUUAGUCCAAAGACCCGAACAGCCCAACAAGACUCGAUCAAGAGCACGCUGACAGAGGUAGCAGAAAAAUUAGAGGGAAUCAAACCACAAUUCGAUGUCGUUGCCGCCACGGACUCUAAGCAGCCAGAAAGAGUGAAAUUCGAAAUUCCAAGGGAUGAUGAGAAUGCCGAAGAUGGAGAAGAUGCUUCCGAAGAAUACGAGGGUCCUGUGAGGGAUCUUAAGGAAGCGGUCCGAGAUGUGGGCGAAGUGUUGGCUGGAACGGCCGGCAUUGUAAUAGACGACAAACCUAAAGACGUGAUUGAAAUAGUGAAGAAGGUCGCCGAGGUGUUAAAAGAGGACAACUUUUUAUCAGAGGAGGUUCUCUUCGAAACGGUUAAUGCAAAAGCCAUAAAAUCUUCAGAAAUCACGCCAACAAAGCCUGAAAAAUCUGCCGACGUUAAGCCGACGAUUGAGGACAUAAUUAUGCCAAAAAAAGUGGGAGUCACAGAAGAACUUCCAUCGCAGGAAGAGAUCGAGGAAAUGUUGGAGGGUGGAAUUACCAGACCUUUGCCAGAUUACGAGAGAGUCAGUGGAAUAGAAGUGAAAGAAGAGCCGUGCGUGAAAAUGGUCAAAGAGAACAAGGUCGACUUGACCUCACCCAUCAAGGAUGAACAUCCUAUUGAGGACGAUUUGCACGAUUUGUGCUCACAGCUGAUGGAUGAUACGAAAGAUAAGAAGGUAGUUACUCCCAAAGAAUCUCCUAAGGAGCAUGAAGGGAAAAUUGACGUAAUGCAGGCUGGGAUCGAAGAAGUAUGCACAAAGAAAGUGGCGAAGCGAGAUGUGUCUGAAGAAGGUAUUAACGAAACUGAAGAUGACAAGGUUGAACAUCCCGAGAUAUUGUUUGAGCAGAAAUUAUCGCCGGCACAAGCCGAGCUUGUUAUGGUGACACCGGAUACAGCACCAACGUCGCCGAAAUUUACUAGUGAUAAAAUUUACAACAAAGAAUCGGAAGACACUGUGAGCGAUGUUUCUAAGGUUCCUGGAAUACCGAAAGAGAUUGAAGAGUUCAUCAGCAGUAAGGCUGAUGUGUACGAUAUCGUUGACGAAGUGAUUAAAAAGGGUAAAAAAAUAACUAUAGAAAUAAUUGAAUAUAUUGUGAUUGUAAAGAGAGUCUCGAGAGAGCAUGUGAUUUACAUUAUUGAAGAGAUUAUUAUAAAUAAAGGUAUUCCUCCAGAAAGUGUGGUAGAAGAUAUUGAAAUUCUCAAAGGUCAGGACUCCGAUGAUCUGAUGAUAUCCUCGGUAAAACGAGUUGAAAUAGAAGAAUACAUUAUAUCCGAAUACAUAAUAAAAGGUAAGAAGAUAACUGUACAAACAAUAGAAGAAAUUGCAAUCAAAAAAGUUGUUCCUAAACGAGUUGUCAUUGAAAUCAUAGAAGAGAUAAUCAUUAAAAGAAAAAUAUCCAGAGAAUCGGUUUACGAAAUUGUUGAAGAGGAAUUUAUCAAACAGGUCAAACCGAUCUACGACGAAUACGAUAGAAAACCCUCUGAAAAAUCGCCAGUUACAAUUGACAGUAAAGUCGAAUAUGUAAUCGAAGCUGAAAAGCCAAAGGUAACAGGUGAAAAAUUAAGUCCAAAACAUGUAACUCCUCCAGAAGUGAAAGAACUAUUGUCAAAGACAGAUGAAGCGAAAACUUUAGAAGAAGUUUCGAGACGACCAGAAACCUCAAAAGAGACGGAUGCUCCGUUUUUCGAUGAAAAAGACUUAGAUGAAGGUAAACUGUUCGACGAUUUCGUAAAUAUUCCUUCCAAGGAUGUAGUUAUCAAUUUCCUACACGAAGAACGGAGACUGUCACAUGAAGAACAUGUUACUGGAAAGAAGGAUGCUUCCAAAGAACUUUUACCAGCUUCGAAAACGGGAGUAACUGAUGACACAACAAAAGACUCAGGCGAUGAUUUCGAAGCUGUAGAACAGGAAUACAAAGUUCACGAUGUCACAGUCACAACGACGGCUCCAAUGACGUUCCGUGAAACAUCCGAUUUGAAACAGAAAGAUGAAGUACUGGAAGCUGUUGAAGAUGAUUUGGAUGAAGUUGUUGAAGCGGCUGAAAAGUUCGUUGAAGAAACCAAGGAGAAGCCAGAGGAUUUGAAAGAAACUUCUGUUUCUGAUAAAGUCACUGAUAAACUCGCGGAAUCUCCCAUCAAGUCUAAAACUCAGUUAAUUCCUGGUGUUGAGGAUGACAAAACUCACCCAGAUACCCCCGAUGAUCAAGUCAGUUUUGCAAAGUGCAAACCAAAAGAUGUUAGCGAUGUAGAGGACGAUGACAGUGUGUCUAAUGUCACAUCAGUAAUUGUCUCAGAAGUUUCGAUAACCACGGAAAAAUACCUUGACGAGGCUAAAGAGAAGCCAACGGAUAUCACGAGUUCUGUUCCCGAAGAGUCCAAGGACGCAAAGAAAACUCUUGAUGACGUUCAACACACUGUCGCCGAUGUGUCGGACAAAAUUCAUGACACCAAGAGUCCGACUGAAAAGUUGGAUAAACCUGAACUUAAGACUGGUGAUAUUUUAGAUAAAAUCAAGACAGACGAUCAUGCAGAAAAACCGAUUACUGGUGAACAAAUCGUUGAUCUCAAAGCCGCGGUGAAGGAGCCAUUGAAGGAAGAGAAGACACACGUCGAUGACGGUAAAAUGAGAUCCCCCAAAGAUGAUAAGGGCGAUGAAAUUGAGCUUACGGGUGACCUUAAAAACGAAUUGGGUACUCCCAAGGGGAAAGAUAUCGAGGAUGCGAUAUCAGAAAUUAUUCCAGACUCCAAGAAGUUGAUUGGAGAAGAAAAAUCUGACGAUGACACAAAGGAUGCAAAAGACCACAUCUCACCAGUCGAUGAAAAAAGUGGGCUGGCAGACAAAACGACCCCCAAACCUGCAGAUAUCCAAAAAAGCAUCAGUCAAGAUAGUGUAAAAGAUGCAAGUGGAACUCCUGUUGAUGUAAAAAAAGAUACACGGGAACUUCCGGAGAAGAUUGAUGAAUUAAAGGACAAGAAGAUUGUUCCAGACGUGGCUGGUGUCAAAAUACUCGACACGAGUGAAAUUGUAGAUCUGAAGCAAUUGGACGAGGCAUCAGAAAGAGAAACACCUUCUCCAAUUCACGCUGCUGAUACAAAGUUUGUAGAUAGCAGCUGUUUUAAUAUAAAUGAGCAAGAAAUUCCGCAAGCUCCAGUGAAGCAACCAUUGGACGCGGAGCAUAGAUUAGAAGACAAAUUGAUGAAACCGAAACCUUCAGAUGACGGAGCCACAGAUGCUCUCAUUAGUGACGAAGAACCCGAGCAUAUUAGCCGUAAGAAACGAUCACUUGGGGAAGAAGUCCUUGAAUCUGAAAUCACGAAACCUAAGGAUAUUGACUUGAAGCCUACAGAACUCGCGAAGAAACCUGUCGAUACAACACAGAGUGCACAAGAAAAAGAAAAGGUUGAAUCAGUGGAUAUAGGAAAAGCAGAAUCACUUCCUGAAUCAACGCAGAAGCCCGAAAACGUGGGAAGAAGUUCGGAAGUAGAACCGAGAGAUGUGGAAGAUGACGAAGAGGACAAGGAAUCUGGCACUGUUCGGCGGAUGGUUGUUACUGCCAGCAGCGAGGACGGUGGUGACGAAACAGAGCUUUGCCCAACGGGCAGCAUCACAUUUGUAAAAUCUGUUACUCCAGAGGAUUCUUUGAGAGAUAUCUCCACGAAGUCAACUCCGAAUACAGAUUCAUUGCAAUUGGAGAAAGAUUCGCUGUUUUCUGGCAAAAGUACACCGGAGAAGGAUAGCAUUUCCGAGAAGUCCAUGUCGGAAUUGAAAGAUGAUAAGGUAACUCCUGAAGAUAGUCUUGAAAAAUCCAUCACUAAAGAAAUUAAAGCAGCUGUUUCUGAAGAUGCAACUGCCAAAGCACCGACUGAAACUCCGCAAAAGGUGCACGAAGAGAAACCCUCUUUACCUUUGGAAAAAACUUUCGAUACGCCAACAGAAAAAGUUCCGGAGAAACCAACGCAAGAAGCUCCGCUUGAGUUAACGGAUGGACUGAUGGAGAAAUUGACGGAAAAAAUCCUUGAGCCACCGACGGAUAAGUUGAAACAACAAGUACCCGAAAGUUCAACAAAAGACUCUCUGAUAGAAGCAGCAAAAAUAUCUCCAACGAAGUUAGACGAAAAAAUUCCCGAACAGCUGACAGAAACAAUUCCAGAGAAACCAAUACAAGAAUCUUCAGAAAAGUUGGCGGAUACAAUUGUGGAGAAAUCAACAGAAAACGUUCAAGAUCUACUUACAGACACAUUGAAGGAUGAAAUUAUCGAAAAACAAAUGGAUGAUAUUCCGAAAAAGCCAGCAGAAACAAUCCCAGAUAAAGCAAUUGAGAAAAUUUCCGAAAAGCUCCCAGAAAAAAUUUCUGAAAAACUACCGGAGGAAAUUUCCGAAGAGCCAAAGUCCGAAGUUCCAGAAAAAAUUACCGAAGAGAUUCCCACAAAACCAACCGAGACCAUUUCGUUUAAGCCAAGCGAAACAACUUCCGAACAAUUAACGGUUAAUAUUGCGGAAGAAUUGAAGGAAAGCGUUUUGGAAAAGCCGGCAACGAAACUCACUGAACCGUUGGAGAAAGUCGCAGAAAAACUAAAAGAAGAUAUUACAGAAAAGCUACAGGAAGUAUCUCCAGAGAAAGUAACAGAAAAAAUAACUGAACAGCCAACCGAAAAAAUUCCAGAACAGCUAAAGGAAAGUGUUCUUGACAUGCCAUCGGGGAAACCCGCCCAGCAAUCCGAGGUUUCGGAGAAACUACAGGACAAAGUACCAGAAAAAUUAACGGGGGCGGUUUCUGGAGAACCGAAGGACGCAGUUCCAGAAAAGGUCACAGAAAAGAUCUCUGAGCAGCCAAUCGAGAAGAUUCCAGAACAGCUGAAGGAAGAAAUUACCGCAAAGUCAAUGGAAAAGGUGCCUCAGCAACCGUCCGAAAAGAUUCCAGAAAAACCCGAAGAAAAAGAGAAACCAACAGAAAUAUUAGCGGAGCAUCCGCCAAAAAUUCCAGAAAAGUUAUCGGAAGAAAUUUCAGAUAAAAUGACUGAGAAAAUUAUUCCUGAAAAGCCAACAGAAACUCCAGGGCUGAAAUCACCUGAGUCAACUCAUUCAGAAGAAAUAUCUCCAGUCGGCACAAUCCUCGAGAAAUCGCCAGGCGAAAAGUAUCUGGAUACAGUGAAAAAAGAACCAAUCGACACUUUGGCUGAAAUAGAACGUAAAGACAAAUCUCCAACUGCGGGACCGAGCAUCGUCUGUGAAAAAUUGGCGACAAAAGAUUCUCCUGUUGAGACGCCAAAGGACAAGUCACCGAUAUCUGAAAAGGCAGCUGAUGAACCCAAGUCGUCCAGUGCUGUUUCCGGUGAGUUGGAACCAAGGAAAACGCCCGACGCAGAGAAGGAACAGGAAGAGAAACCUCCAACUUCCACAGUUGAUGAAAAAACGGUGACAUCCACGUUGCCUAGUUCAGCUCCUCAGAAACCAGAUGCUGAACACGUUUCUUCCGAACAGUUAGAGAAACAGAAAUCUCCAUCUCCAACGACCGAAAAAUCAAUGAAUGUACUUAAAUCACCUAUCAUCGCCUCGGAAGAUGUUCCUUCUGGGGAAUUAUCGAAAGAACAAUCUCCGUCUCCAGAAACUGGUAAAUCUCGAUCACCCAGUAUUACCCUUGGAAAACUAGAUCAAGAAGAUGUUGCUCCUGUUGAGUUACAGAAAGAUAAGCCAUCGUCGCCAACUAUGGAUGAAACAGCUGAUAAGUCACGCUCACCUAGUUUGGUUCCGGACAAAUUAGACGAUAAACAUGCCCCGGUAGACAAAAUCUCCGAUAAGAAAACCUUGGAGCUUACUAGCGAAGCAAAAACUGAUGAGAUCCCAAUAAUCGAAAAGCUACACGAGAAAGAUACACUGGACGAUGAAAUGCAUAAAGACACAAAACCAUCACCAGCAUCUGACAAGGAAUCGACAACGCCAAGUGCUGUUCCUGUAAAGCCAGACGAAAAAGAUAUCACGAUAAGUCCGGAGCAGAAGGAUAAGACUACGUCCCUACCGGCUGAUGAUAAAUCCCAAACGCCUAGCAUUUCCCCGGAAAAAAUAGACACGCAGAUUAUACCUGAUGACAAGAUCCACAUGGAGAAGUCUAUGUAUCCGACUAUGGGAGAAGCGGAUGAUACCACAGAUACUUUGAAGGAAAAAGGAGUUCCCGAAGAAGAAGCGUCAAAAGACAAGUCUCCAUCGCCCUUGGCUGGCGUCAAACCAGAUGAGUCUCACAUACCUAGUCUUAUUGCAGAGAAACCUAUUGAGAAAGUUUCAUCUGAAGAGAAAAUACACGAGGCCAGAUCUCCGUCGUCGAUUACAAGCGAGAUAACAGAGGAAUCUCCGAAGCCCAGCAUCACUGCUGAAAAGCUAGUUGAGAAAGGAGUUUAUGAUGAUAAAGUAAAUAAGGAUAAAUCUCCUUCUCCAACCACUGACAAAGAUGCUGACAAGCCUAGAAAACCUAGUAUUACUUCUGAAAAAAUAUCUGAGCAGGACGAGCCUCAUUAUAUGCAGAAGGAUAGAUCGCCGUCGCCAACUACAGAUCAUGAAGAUAAAAAACUUCGCAAGCCAAGCAUCACUUCCGAAAAAGUAGAUGACAAAGAAAUUUCUGAUGAGAAAAUGCAGAAGGCGGUAUCUCCAUCUGUUAUCACUGACUUGAAAACAGAUGAAGCUCAAGAACCAAAAAUCACUCUCGAACAACCGGAUGUCAAAGAUGCUCCUAAGACAGAGUUACUUGGCGAUAAAUCUCCUUCUCCAGCCACUGAAAAAGUUGCAAUUGAUUCACAAAGGCCCAGUAUUACUUCUGAAAAACUGGAUGACAAAGAUCAAAAGGAGAAAUCUCCACUCCCAGAAAGUCCUCUGGAUAAACAAGAUACUCCAGAUGAAAAAAUACUGAAAGAUUCUCCGUCACUAAUCCCACAUGCAGAAACAGACGAAAAGUCCCCUAUUGCAACCACAGAUCGGGUUACGGAUGAAAGUCGAAAACCCAGCCUCACAGCUGAUGAUAAACCAGAUGAUAAGGUGCACAAAGAUAAAUCUCCUUCUUCCACUUCUGGCCUCGAUAUUACAGAAUCUCGAAAAUCCAGUAUACUCUCCAAUAAACCAGAUGACAAAGAUAUUCUCGAUGACGAGUUGGUAAAGGAUAGAUCUCCAUCGCCAUCGACAGAUAAAAUAAGUGUCACGUCUCGGUCACCAAGCAUUGCUUCUGAGAAACCAGACGACAAAGACAUUCUAGAAAGCAAGGUGCACAAGGACAGAACUCCAUCCCCAACAAUCGGUGACAAGAUUGAGAGGCAUCCUAGUACUCCGAGCAUCGGUUCAGAUAAAUUGGACGAUGAGGACACUCAUGAUGCAAAAAUCAUUAAGGACAGAUCUCCAUCUCCAUCGACGGAUAAAUUAAGUGAGAAGUCUAGGUCACCAAGCAUCGCUGCUGAGAAACCAGAAGUAAAAGAUAUUCUAGAAAGCAAGGUACACAAGGAUAGAACUCCAUCUCCAACAAUCGGUGAUAAGAUUGAAAGGCAUCCUAGUACUCCGAGCAUAAGUUCAGAUAAAUUGGUCGACGAGGACACUCAAGAUGCAAAACUAAUUAAGGAAAGAUCUCCAUCUCCAUCGACUGAUAAAUUAAGCGACAAGUCUAGGUCACCAAGCAUUACUGCUGAGAAACCAGACGACAAAGACAUUUCAGAAAGCAAAGUGCACAAGGACAGAACUCCAUCCCCAACAAUCGGUGACAAGAUUGAGAGGCAUCCUAGUACUCCAAGCAUCGGUUCGGAUAAAUUGGUCGACGAGGACACUCAUGAUGCAAAAAUAAUUAAGGACAGAUCUCCUUCUCCAUCGACUGAUAAAUUGAGCGACAAGUCUAGGUCACCAAGCAUCGCUGCUGAGAAACCAGAAGAAAAAGAUAUUCCAGAAAGCAAGGUAUCCAAGGAUAGAACUCCAUCCCCAACAAUCGGUGACAAGAUUGAGAGGCAUCCUAGUACUCCGAGCAUCGGUUCGGAUAAAUUGGUCGAUGAGGACACUCAAGAUGCAAAAAUAAUCAAGGACAGAUCACCAUCUCCAUCGACUGAUAAAUUAAGCGACAAGUCUAGGUCACCAAGCAUCGCUGCUGAAAAACCAGAAGAAAAAGUUAUUCUAGAAAGCAAGGUAUCCGAGGAUAGAACUCCAUCCCCAAAAAUCGGUGAUAAGAUUGAAAGGCAUCCUAGAAGUCCGAGCAUAAGUUCAGAUAAACUGGACGAUACGGACACUCCCGAUGCAAAAAUAAUUAAGGACAGAUCACCAUCUCCUUCGACUGAUAAAUUAAGUGAUAAAUCUCGGUCUCCAAGCAUCGCUACAGAGAAACCAGACGACAAAGACAUUUCAGAAAGCAAGGUAUCCAAGGAUAGAACUCCAUCCCCAACAAUCCGUGAUAAGAUUGAAAGGCAUCCUAGAACUCCCAGCAUAAGUUCAGAUAAAUUGGACGAUACGGACACUUCUGAUGCAAAAAUAAUUAAGGACAGAUCACCAUCUCCAUCGAGUGAUAAAAUAAGUGAUAAGUCUAGGUCAUCAAGCAUCGCUGCUGAGAAACCAGACGAAAAAGAUAUCCUAGAAACCAAUGUACACAAGGACAGAACUCCAUCCCCAACAAUCGGUGACAAGGUUGAGAGGCAUCCUAGAACUUCGAGCAUAAGUUCAGAUAUAUUGCACGAUGAGGACAUUCCCGAUGCAAAAAUAAGUGAGGACAGAUCUCCAUCUCCAUCGACCGAUAAAUUAAGUGAGAAAUCUAGGUCACCAAGCAUCGCUGCUGAGAAACCAGACGAAAAAGAUAUUCUAGAAAACAAGGUAGACGAGGAUAGAACUCCAUCCCCUACAUUUACUGAUGCAGUCGAUCUUCACUCUCGAACUCCCAGCAUCAGUGGAGAUAAGCAGGUUGCCAAAGAAAUUUCUGCUGACAAGCAUACAUCUCCGUCUCUGUCAUCAGAUAAACUUGAUGGAAAAUCUCCUUCACCGAGUGUCACUUCUGGGGAAUCGGAUGAAAGAGUAAUUGCAGAACGUAACGAUGAAAAGGAUAAGACUCCGUCCUCGAUAACUGACGAUAAAACUGAUCGUCACUCUCGGACUUCUAGCAUUAGCUCUGAAAAACUAGAUGACAAGAAUAUUGCUGAAGAUAAAAUAGCUAAAGAGCGGCCAGCGUCUCCAGAAAUAGAUAAAAUAACUGAAAAACCUUCCGAUAAAACAGAUGAUAGAGAUAUUCCUGAAAGCAAGCUGCAGAAGGACAAAACUCCGUCCCCAACGACUAGCGAUAAAACUGACCAAACUCCCAGUAUUAGCUCUGAUAAAUUAGAUGCAAAGGAUAUUCCUAAGGAUAAGAUAUCUAAGGACGGAUCUCCGUCUCCAACAACAGGUACCAUAAGUGAAAAAUCUCGCUCACUUAGCGUAACUUCCGAAAAAGCAGAUGAGAUGGAUAUACCUGACAGCAAGUUACACAAGACUAAGACUCCGUCCCCUACGACUGACGUUAAAACUGACCAAACUCAUAGUGUGAGUCCUGACGGACUGGAGGUGAAACAUAUUUCGGAGGAUAAGACAAUCAAGGAAAAGUCUCCGCCUCCAACAACAGAUGAAAUGAGUGACAAGCUUCAGUCACCUAGCAUCACGUCCAAAAAAUUAGAUGAAAAGGACAUUCUUGAUAGUGAAUUGAAAGAAGUCAAAUCUCCGUCCCCAACGACUGACGAUAAAAUUGAUCAAUAUUCGCAAUUUAGUAGCAUUAGCUCCGAGAAACUAGACGUCAAAGAAGCUCCGGAAGGCAAGGUGACGAAGGAUACAUCUCCAUCUUCACGAACAGAAGAAACAAGUGAUGAACCACGGUUGCCAAAGGACAAAACUCCAUCUCCAACGAUCGGUGAUACAACCGAACGCCACUCUAGAGUUUCUAGUAUCAGUUCUGAUAAACUGGAUACCGAAGAUAUUCUUAAGGAUGAGAUAUCCAAGGAUAAAUCUCCGUCACCAUUAGCGGAUAAAAUAAGUGACAAGCCUCGGUCACCUAGCAUCACUUCCGAGAAACCAGACGGAAGAGACAUCGAUGAAAGUAAGUUACAAAAGGACACAACUCCGUCCCCAACAACUAGUAGUAAAAUUGAACGACACUCUCGAACUCCUAGUAUCAGUUCUGUGAAACUAGACGACAAGGACAUUUCAGACGUCGGUAUACAAAAAGAUAAGUCUCCGUCUCCCGCUACCGAUAAAAGCACUGAUAAGCCUCGAUCACCUGCGUUGAUUUCUGAAAUACUUGAUGAACAAGAAAUCUCUGCCAGCGAAGUGCAAAAGGACAAAUCUCCAUCUCCGAUAAUUGAUGACAAGACCGAUCGUCACUCCCGUACUUCUAGUAUCAGUUCCGAAAAAAUGGUAGAAAAGGAUAUUUCUGAUGACAAGUCACUGAAAGAUAAAACUCCAUCUCCGGCUGUUGACGAAUUAACUGUAGAUUCUCGCAUCCCCAGCAUCGUGCCCGAUGAACUAGGUGAUCAGCAUAUUCCAGCUGAUUCUAUACUCAAGGACAAAUCUCCUUCGUUGACACCAGACAAAGAUAUUCACAAAUCAAGAGCAUCCAGCAUUAGCUCUGUAAAGCUGGAUGAAAAAGUUACUUCUGAAUUUGAAUCUCAGAAAGACAAAUCUCCUUCUCCAAUUUCCGGUAAAGUUGGUGCUCAAUCAGAUGAGAAAAUUCUUGAUGAUGACGUACUAAAGGGAAAAGCUCCUUCUCCAACGAUAGACAAAAUUACGGAUGAUUCAAAACGAUCCAGCGUUAUCAUUGACAAAUUAGAAGCAGUCACUGCUCCUAUUGACAAACUAUCAAAAGAACAAUCCCCAUCCUCAUUGAACGAUGAUGAAAAACCAAAAUCCUCAGAACCGAGUGUCUUGGGUGAUAUUUCUGGUGAGAAAUCUAGGUCACCUAGUAUUUUCUCUGAGAAAUUGGACGACGAAGACAUUCCUGCUCAUGAAAUUCACAAGGAUACAUCUCCAGUCCCAACUGAUGAUAAAGUCACCGAUGGAUCCACAAAACUAGAUAUUACCGAUCACAAGAUAGAAGAACAGAAUCUUCCUAAAGAACAUAUUGAAGUUCACGAUAAGCCAGAAGACAAUCCAUCAGUUUGUGAAACUUCUGUGAAGAAACCAGAUGUUCGUGAUGUCCCUCAGGAUAAAAAGGAUAAGGAAACAUCACUCCUUCCAAGUGCUGACGUAGUUGACAAAACCAAGUCUCCUAGUAUCACUGAGGAACCGAAAGUAAAGGAAAAAUCCCAGAGUCCCAGUCCUGUCAGUGAAGAGUCUGGUGACAAGAAACCUGAUCCAAAACUAGAGAAAGAUAAGUCUCCAUCUCCUUUAGUCGAAAAAGCUGCAGAUAAAUCUAGGUCACACAGCAUUGAAAGUGAACAAGGUGACGUUAGGAUGUCAACCAAAGAACUGAAAUCCCACGAUAUUUCUGAUGACAAAUUUGAUGCCAACCUUGACGAAAAAUCCUCAAUAUCGUCACUCAGCCCUAGUAAAUUGAGUGAGGCGCUCGAAAAACUGCCAAGUCCUCUCAAAGAUCAGCCAAAAACAGAACAUGCUGCUCACGAUGGUGAACCAAAAAUGACCGAAGACGACCAACCGGAAUCUGUGUCAAAAUCAUCUAGUACGGCUAGCGAUUUACCAAAAUCUCACAGCCCGUUAGCAGAGAAGCAUGACACAUUUAACAUUGAAGAUUCGACACUGACUCAUCAAUCGGAAACACCCACUCAACUUUUGGUAAAGCCAGACGAUAAAGAGAGUAAGUCUCAGCCACCUAGCAGUGAUGCAUUAACGGAUAAACCCAGUUCACCGAGUAUCGUUGGCGGACAAUUAAAGUCUCCCAGCACCAAGACAGAGGGGAUAGAACCGAUUGGAACCGAUGAAAUUCCGGAAUCGCUUACUGAUGGAUCGGUGCAUGAAGAACCGAAAUCUCCUAGAGAUAGAUCGCUCAGUCAUGACAGGACUCCAAUGGACCGCUCCAGAUCUCAUAGUCUGUUUGAUUCAGGAGACAGAACACCUUUGGGACGUUCCAGAGCAGCAAGCUUAUUUGACGAUAAAUUGGAAGACAGGAUCGCGCUAUUAGAAUUGGACAGUCACGCGACACAACUCAGUAUUUCUGAAGAAACUGACGAGGAUAAGUUACCACAAAAGGAGGACGACUCCAAACCCGGUUCGAAAUCGCCCAGCGUUGGUGAUCGCGAAAGUCCAAGAACUUCAAUUGUUACCGAUCUCAAAAGCGCUGAUUUCCCAUCUGCGAAGCGACUGGAAAUCGAACAGUACAUAGUUGAAGAGUUCAUAUUGAAGAACAGAAAAAUAACAUCAGAAAUUAUUCAAGAAAUCGUGGUGAAAAAAUCAGUUCCAAGAUACAUUGUCAUCGAGAUAAUCGAAGAAAUAAUUAUCAAGCGAAAGAUUUCCAGAGAAUCUGUGAUUGAGGUCCUUGAGACCGAACAACUCAAGCCGGAGGAUACGGAGAUUCAGCCAAAGCAGCUGCCUCUUGGAACAAAGGAAACUGAUGAGGACAAACAAGAUGGUCCAACUGCUGUUGAAGAUACAAAACCAACGUCAGAAGAUAAGAAGCCUCGUGAAAGUAUUACUGAUGAAAUCUCCGAUCUGAAAUCGGUAACUCCAACGGUACCAAGCACUGUUAGCGUCGAAACGAUUACACCUGAAUUGCACGUAAUCAAGAAGCGCAGUGUCCUCGAUGACAAGAGUCCAGAGCCCGAUGAAGCAGAGGAAAGUUCUCAGGAACUCAAAGCACUUCAGCCGGAAAAACUGACAAGUCUCAAAGAUGACAGCUCAGACGCAGAAGGAAUGCAGAUUAAGCGUCCUAGCAUCGUACAAGAUGAACAUUCAGGUUCUGAAUUGGAUUCGAAGAUUUCUGAGGAUCAAAUCAAGCCAGAUGUGAAAGUUAUUCCCGUGGUGGUACCGACGACUGAUGAAAGCAAAGAUAUUCGUCCCAAACAAUUGGAGGAGGAAGUAGUAAUGAUAACUGAUGCAAAGAGAACAGAGAUCGAGGAUUAUAUUGUGGAAGAAUACAUUUCUAAAGGCAGAAAAUUAACGCGAGAGAUUGUAGAAGAGAUUGUGAUCAAGAAGGCAGUACCCAGGUAUAUAAUUUUGGAAAUCAUUGAAGAAAUAAUCAUUAAACGAAGAAUUUCACGAGUAUCGGUGAUUGAUUUUCAUGAUGAGGAAACAUCCGACAAGGAAUAUCUUGAGCCCACUGAUCGAUCGACGACUUCUUCAAUCAGUGAGAAGGAUGAUAGCAGGUUGAGAAAAUCAUCCGAAGACAGAUUUGAAAUAGUUACUGGCAAGUCAACCCCAGAUAUUUCCUCCGCCAAGGACCAGACGAUAGAUUUGUCUGGAAAAUCUACUCCGGAUUUGAAAUCGUCUUUGCUUUCUGAAAAGUAUUCCGACAAGUCUGGAUAUUCUACUCCGGAUAUGAGACAAUUUGACGAAAGAUCUGGAAAAUCGACUCCAGAUUACAGAACAGAAUAUGAAAGCCAGUUUCACAAAGCAUUUAUUGGAGGGAUGACGGAAAUUAGAACUACACACAUCACGACACUGUCCGGAAAGUCAACACCAGACUUUGGUGCAGGGCGUGAAGAUACACCAGAACCAAAAUCAGAAUCGUGUGAACUGACAUCAGACCACUUACUUGGCGGACCCUUAGACACGGCCGUCCAUGACAGGAAAAUCGUAUCAUCAGAAGAAAAACCAGCCGAGCCUGUUCCAACUACGCAAGCUGAGCCAGAUUCACACAAAGCAAAAGUUCCCGAGAUACCACCAGGAACAAAGACCACAGAUUCAAAAGAUUCGAGUCUGGAGAAGACUUCCGAACAAUCGACAUUCGUUACAACAAUUUCGGAAAUAACUAAAGCAAAAUCUGAGCUGGUUACUAAAAUCAGUGAAUCUUCAGCAUCUUCCACUUCUACGGUAACAAGCAAAACAAUUGUGUGUGAACAUGAAUCGAAAACGACUGGCGGUGAACCUGUUCCAGAAGAUAUUAUUACACCUCCGAGUACCGUUACCACGGUAAAGACGUCCGAAAUUGAAUUAGACCCCGAAGUAAUCACUAAGGUUGUCAAGCGUCAAAUCGAAACUCAUGAAACUCCUGAAACUGAAAUAAUAACGAAAACGGUAAGAUACGUAACUGAAGUCGAAGAAGAUGAGACUAGUGUUACCGAAAGCUCAACUACCGUAACGAAGACUGUCGAAGUUGCAUCAGAGCCAGAAAUCAUUACCAAAGUAAUAAGAGGUGAAAUCGAGUUGCAUGAGCCUUUGGAGACGCAAGUGAUUACUAGAACUGUGAAACACGUUACAGAAUCCGAAGAAAGCGAGCCGCAACUCAUUACGAAGAUCAUAAAACGCGAAAUAAUUGAACCUGUAGAUGACUCAGUAUCAUAUAGUCUUCCCGGUACCAAGCACCAGGUCCAGACACACGAACCGGAGGCAAUGGACACGAUCACGAGAACCAUUAGACAUAUUACCGAGAUCGAGGAAGGAGAGCCAGAAAUUAUCACGAAAGUGAUAAGGCGGGAAGUUGUUGAAUCUGAUGAUGCAACUGAACUAGAACCGGAAGUAAUCACGAGGACGAUCCGGCGCGAAGUAGAGAUACAUGAACCUUCAGAAGCGGAAGUGAUUACGAGAACGAUCAAGCACGUUACCGAAGUUGAAGAAAGUGACCCAGAAAUCAUCACGAAGGUGAUAAGGCGAGAAAUUGUUGAACCUAGAGACGAGACUGAACUCGAGCCAGAAGUAAUUACAAGAAUAAUCCGGCGUGAAGUACAGGAACAUGAACCUUCAGAAACCGAAGUAAUCACAAGAACGAUCAGACACGUAACCGAAGUCGAAGAAGACGAGCCAGAAAUUAUCACAAGAGUUAUUAGACGAGAAAUUCAUAUUCCUGAUGGUGAACAACACGACGUGGAUCACCCUGAAGGAACAUUGGAAACAUCUGAAGUUAUUACUAAGUCAGUAAAGACAUCAGACGCGCCACCGGAAACAGUGAAGAGGAUAAUUAGUCGAGAAGGUACCCCAGAGGUUACUGAAACUAUUACAACUAGGACAACAAAGACAAUAAUUUCCGAGGCUGGUCCUCCAACAGAAACGGUAACAAAAACAACAACCACGACUAUAACUUCCGAUAUUGAAAAACCGGAACUGAUCACUCGGAUCAUAUCACGCGAAGGCACACCAGAGAUCUCAGAAACCAUUACAAGAACGACAAAAACAACUUCGUCGGACGCUGGGCCUGAGUACAUCACCAAGAUCAUCAGUCGCGAAGGAAUGCCAGAAAUUAUAAAAUCUUCUGAUGUCAAACGAAUCGUGACGACCGUGACAACUGUUACAGGGCCUGAUGGGGAAUCUGUUACAACAAAGGAUGUAAAGGAGAGCAAUGACAAGUUAGACAGCGAGGACUUACUGGAGAAAUUGAUCGAUUCUUCUUCCGGCGAGACCAAGACUAGCGAGGAGAGAUUCGUCAGUGAGACUCCAGACGGUCUCAAAACGGAGGAAAUAAUAAAGAGAACGAUUACUACAGUCACUUCCAGUUCAGGAACAUCCACUCCAGACGUAAAGACGUUCGUUGACUCAGGAAAGUCAACACCCGAUCAGAAAGAUGAUGUGAAAAUUAGAACUCCACCGAGGGACGAUACGGCGAAGCCAAGAUCGGAAAUAUUCAGCGAUAAGUCAGUACCAGAAAUGGCGUCUUCACAUUUGAUAAAAGAUAUCAUCUCAGAGGAUAGAAGCUACUCUGGAAUGUCAUCGCCUGAUAUUUCGCUACCAAAGGAUUUAAUCUCGACUGGAUCUACCGGUAAAUCAACUCCAGACAUUCCCGUAUCUCCGUUAAUCCGAGAUCCGACAUCGAUUCAAGGUAGAAUGUUAUCUGGAAGGUCGACGCCUGAUAGAAAAUCUGAAGGACGAUCGCGAACGGCUACUCCCGAAGGAUUCCGGUCCGGUGAAAUGAUCAGAACGAUCAUAACCACGACGCGAACAAUGUCUGAAGAAGGCGACAUCAUAACGGUGACAAAAGAAGUUACAGAGAGUACUAACGAACAGGGUGAGACAGUGAUACUUGAGGAGAAGACCAACGUUAUACGAGACGAUAAACAACCCGGCAAAGACGCAGGGGAGACUCCGAUCAGCAGCGUUAUUGGAAGUAUCAAGGCUUCGGAGCUGAAGAGGGGGUCGAGUCCUGGUUCCGACGUCAUGAGCGAUCGAGACAUCGGUCCCAUGAGUCCCAGGAGCGACAUCAGCAGCGGACAUAGUCGUGCAGCAACUCACGUCUGGGGAAGCAGCGAGGAAAGACACACCUAUUCAGACGACGAACCACCUAGUUCGCCACUCAGCGCGACAUCCCAGUUCGGUUGCUCGCCUCAGCCACCAAGACACGAGUCACCGAGGUACGAUUUGCCCCAGCUACCCCGUUACGAGUUGCCAUUUGACAAGGAAAGGGAGUCGAAGACAGAGGGUAUCCAGAGUUCGAUGAUGAGCGGGAGUUUCUACGGUGAGCUUCCAGCUGAGUCGGGCACAACCUCGUCGACGAAGACUUCCCACACCAUUCCAAAGAACAGCGAACCGAUACCGAUCCAGGGUGAAUAUUCAGUGAUGAAGAAAAGGUUCAUGGUCGAGAAGGAGUAUGCUGGAGGUUACGACUACAGAGUCGAAACCAAGAAGUACGUCGACGACGCGGACCUCGACUUUGACAAGGCGAUGAUGGAGCACAGGGAAAAGCGUGGCGAGGACCUCGUCUCGCACCACUAUUCAAACGGCGCAUCGGCCACGGUUUACACGAACGGUAAUGCUUCUGGUAAAGAUGCUACCACGCCGACUACCGUUGAGACGAAGACAGUUGGCGAGAAGAAGAAGAGUGAUCCAAUGGCCGCGUCUUUUAGCGCGGAAAGGGAAGGCGAGGAGGCCGGAAAAUCCGGAAAAGAUCCUCUCGAGGGUUGGGGUAAGCCUCUCUACCUUCCGUCGCCCAAGCCACCGAGGAAAUUCAACCUUCAACGACCAGUCGCUUCCACCAGCUCGGAGGAACUGAAUCCGGAAAGUCUGAAGUUCGACGUGAUCAACAAUUGGGGAGAACCGCUGAGGCUUCCUUCUCCUGCUCCUGCUCCAACGAACGAUCCUCCGAAUAACGGUACUCCCGGAACGCCGAAGAAGGAGAGAAAACAGCCGAAGAAAGUGGUCUCGGAGAACAACAAGAACAAAAAACGGUCGGAGAGCCCGAACAAAAUCGACAAGAAAUCGAAGGACACGAAGAACAAGGUUCAGCCGGUCUACAUGGAUCUAACCUACGUUCCUCACCAUGGCAACUCCUUCUACAGUUCACUCGAGUUCUUCAAACGAAUUCGGGCUAGGUACUACGUCUUCAGUGGCACGGAACCCAGCCGAGAGGUCUACGACGCUUUGCUCGAAGCGAAGAAGACUUGGGAGGACAAAAACUUGGAAGUGACCAUGAUCCCUACUUACGACACCGACACUCUCGGCUACUGGGUCGCUGACAACGAGGAAGCGCUUGCGGCGAACCACAUCGACCUCUCACCCUCAGCUUCUCGUUGCACAAUCAACCUCCAGGAUCAUGAGACUAGUUGCAGUGCCUACCGUCUCGAGUUCUAGGGAUUGGCAGCAUGCUCGGCCGUGAUAGUCGAGUUCUAGGCGGUCUUGUCAUUCAACGUCAACGCAAACCGAGCCUAGACCAGCGUAUGCCACGUAAAAAAUUGGACAAAAUGUU